GGGCACUCCUGGUCUGCCUCCAUCGUCCGUCCCGUUGUAACUCUGUGUCUAAGAGGCGACGGACUUUAACCACCAGAUUUCUGCAUGCAAUUCCAAGAGAUCCUGCUAAUCACAUCUCAGCCGCACCAUGGCGCACUUGCUAAUUGGUCAUAUUGGCCCCAGAACACCUGGAGACUCUGCCUCGUGGCUGCGUGAAGCCCGGAGCUAGCUCAUCACCCUGUCCGCAAGCUUCCUAGCGUCAUGUGUGUCUGGAGUCCAUGUUUGGCGUCGUGAAUAAAUUCCCGACUGUUGGCCCUCCACUCCCCGAGGAUUGCUUUUUGAAGGAAUUGGUGUUUUUCGCUCAUAUUCAUCUGUAGAAGUGACUGUCUUGCCUGGACUUGACUCCGACCCCUAGCAUUGACUCAAGAUAUUCGACUUUCACCAGUUUCAUACCUCGAAUACCCAAUUUUCACAAUGAAGGGCGCUGUUCUCUCCGUCCUGGCCAGCGGUGCCGCUGCUCAGAUCACAUCGAUGCCUUUUGCUGCCCUCGGUUUGGGUCCUCAUGUCUUCCAAAACAACGCCGUCAACCCUAGCGACCCCGAAUACUCGACCUGCCAGCAAGCUGUUGGAAUUGUCCAGGACUGUGUUUCUUCUGUCGGUGGUCUCGACGCUGCUGCGACUGCUGAUCCUUCAGCCCUCGUUGCUUGCGCAUGCUGUGAUGGACGCAGCAACGCUGCUCCUCUUUACUCAGUCUGCUCCAACUACCUCGAGGAUGAGGCUCCCGAGAACACCUCUCAAUACGAAGCUUAUGGUACUCUGUAUAGCGCUUGCAGAUUGAACGCCAGGUGUACCGGCGGUUCUGGUGGCAGUGGUGGUUCUGCCAGCGGUAGCAGUCCUACAGCAACUUCAGAUGAUGAAGAUCUCUCUACCAUCACCUCCGCCACCAGCCCUGCUGAGCAGACCUACGCUGCAGCCUGUUUAUACAUGCUCGACAUCUUCACCUCUUGCACAGCUGAGGAUCGUCAAUUCACUGAGCUUCCUCCCAGGGAGCAGGCCGAGUGCUACUGCUGCCGUGGUUCUGGUUCCCGCCGAACCUGGACCGAUGAGCUUGACAAGUAUGCUUCCACUUGUGCUGACUGGGCACGAACUGGCGAGCCCAAGACCGCCUACUCUGUCGCCAAGAACCUUGCUACAUUCUGCGACCGCUUCGACGACGUCUGCUCCCCCUCUGUCACUCGCACUCAAGACUCUGGGUCCAGCGAGACCGACGAGGCCAACACCACCGAGGACUCCGGCUCCCGCCAGACUGGAGCCUCCGGUGGCGACGACAACGAUGCCUCCACUAGCGAGCAGAACGUGGUCCCCGUCACAGUCACAGUUCCUGCUCAGCCUUCCAGCACCGACAGCGGUAACAGCGCUUCCUCCGCUCGUGUUGGCUUCGGUGCUGUCCUCGCUGCCGUUGCUGCUCUGGCUAUUGCUCUGUAAGAGCUGUCAUGACGAUUGAACCGAGAAGCGAUGUAGUUUAUUAAUGAGUUUCCGUUUCCGAGAAGACGUGUUGGAUCUAACGACUUAUCUGGGUUAUUUAAUGAAAUGCUGUAGGGGAACUCG